UUGUUUCUUUGAAUCGCCAAGGUCAUCAUGAAGGUCUUAGUGACUGUAAAACGUGUGGUUGACUAUGCGGUUAAAGUUAGGGUCAAACCAGACGGUUCGGGAGUAGAUCUUAGUAACACUAAAAUGUCUAUGAACCCGUUUUGUGAAAUAGCAGUAGAAGAAGCGGUCAGAUUGAAAGAAGCGAAAGUUGCUUCAGAAGUUAUUGUCGCGAGUAUAGGACCUUCGCAGUCUUCAGAACAGAUUCGCACUGCUUUAGCUAUGGGUGCAGAUAGAGGCAUCCAUGUGGAGGUGGAAAAGGAACUACCUCCUCUAGUCAUUUCAAGAGCGUUAAAGUCUAUUGUAUUGAAGGAAAAGCCGAGUCUAGUAAUACUAGGAAAACAAGCAAUAGACGAUGAUUGCAACCAGACUGGUCAAAUGUUGGCGCAGUUUUUGGACUGGCCUCAGGGAACUUUUGCUUCGAAGGUUAAAGUUGUGGGUGAGAAGCUGCAAGUAACCCGAGAAGUAGAUAGAGGUUUAGAAACUCUGGAACUAAGGCUGCCCGCUGUUGUUACAUGUGACUUGCGUCUUAAUGAACCUCGUUAUGCUACUCUUCCCAAUAUUAUGAAGGCAAAGAAGAAGCCUAUUGAAAAGCUAGGUUUAAAGGAUUUGAAUUGUGAGCCUUCAUAUGGUCUACAAACACUGUCUAUUUUCGAACCACCUAAAAGACAGGGCGGCAAUAAAGUUGAAAGCGUCGCUGAGUUGAUUGAAAAAUUGAGAAAUGAAGCUAAAGUAAUUUGAAGGCACGGAAUAGUUACUUUACUGUGGU